AUGGCUUCGGCACAACUUUCACAAUUCUCACACAUGUUUUCAAUUCCAGCCAUCCCAGAAACACCAACUACUACUACAGUUUACCCAAUUUCAAUACCGCUAUAUUCAAAUAAAAUUAAUAAUAGCAAUACCUCACAGGUAACAGGGACGCGAAAGGAGUCAAAAUACUUAGAGGUUCGUAAUGAGACAAUAGAAAAUGACUCAAGUUCCAAUUCGUCGCGUGUAUUACCACGCGUCGUAUUUAGCGCUCAUUUUUCACCAAAAAGAGCUCUGUCUCCUAGUGAAUUUUCUUCUAGUCCAGCAUCAUAUAGUUCUGCAGAGGAAGAUUUCAUUGCUAGUGAACAAGAUGCUAUCACAACCCUCGCAUCUUUAGCGGUAGUGGCAAGAAAGAUUCAUCCAUCACCCGCGUUUUCAUCAGUGGCAAGUAGCGCAGUAUCAAGUCCACCAUCCAGUCCUUGUCCGGCUAGCCCAAGACGAUCUGCACGAAAACCAAAACCUAGCAGUCGUUCUAAAGAACAAAUCUUAGGUAAACGACGGUUUUCUGGGCCUGCAACGCGGUUAAGAAAACAUAAGUCCGUUAUCACAGAAGAUGAUGAAAAGGAGGAAUAUUAUCGUGAUCGUGCGGCACCUAUACCAGCUCUUGAAGCUUCUUAUACAAAAACGAGACGUAUACCUAUACCUAUUAUAGCAGGUGAUGGAGUUAUUGGAUGCGGAGGAUAUAAAUUUAUUCCUCCAAGUAAUUCAAAUUAUCCAAUUCCACCGAAAAAGAAUGAAAUUCUUUCAAUGUGGUCAUCUAUUCAGCGUAAAUUGUUCCUUGCUUCAUAUCUCGAAUAUGGAAAAGAUUUUGCGGUAAUAGGCAAACAAGUAAAUAAAUCGACGGUACAAGUUGUGGAAUUUUAUUACUUAAUAAAACACUCUCCUGAAUUUCGAAAGGCAAAAGCAAUGAAGAAAGAAUUGGAGUUGUAUGAAGAAGACCUUAAUAAGGUUGAUGCCCAGAUUAAAAAUCUUGCAAAAUUGGCUUAUGGAAAAAAAGGAGGACGAAAGAAGAAGACAGCUCGUAACUGA